AAUAAGUCCAUCCAUGAAAUUUCCUUGCUACUAAAUAUUCCACAGUCAACUGUAAGUUGUAAUAUAACAAAGUGGAAGCAACUGGGAACAACAUCAACUCGGCCACAAAGUGGCAGGCCACGUAAAAUGAUAGAGUGGGGUCAGGGCAUGCUAAAGCACAGUGCGCAGAAGUCUCCAGCUGUCUGCAGUCAAUAGGUAAAGACCUUCAAACUUUAUGUGGCCUUCAGAGAGCUUCAUAGAAUGGGUUUCCAUAGCCAAGCAGCUGCAUCCAAGCCUUAGAUCACCAAGUGCAAUGCAUAGCGUCGGAUGCAGUGGUGUAAAGCACGCUGCCACUGGACGCUAG